AUGGCUUCUGCAGCCACUAUGGUAUAUGACCUGAAGCGGUUGUCGGAGUCGUCGCCGCCGCCGUCCAUCCUCCAAUCCAUCGAGGAAGAGGACCCCUACGCCAAGCUGAAAUCUCUGCAGCGUCAACUUGAGUUCAUCGAAAUCCAGGAGGAGUAUGUCAAAGAUGAGCAGAAGAAUCUCAAGCGCGAGCUCCUCCGGGCGCAGGAAGAGGUCAAGCGGAUCCAGUCGGUGCCGUUGGUUAUCGGGCAGUUCAUGGAGAUGGUCGACACCAACAACGGUAUCGUUGGGUCGACCACCGGCUCGAACUACUAUGUGAGGAUUUUGAGCACGAUUAAUCGGGAGCUGUUGAAGCCGUCGGCUUCCGUCGCUUUGCACCGCCAUUCGAAUGCCCUUGUCGAUGUGUUGCCUCCUGAGGCCGAUUCGAGCAUCUCCCUGCUCAGUCAGUCGGAGAAGCCCGAUGUUACAUAUAAUGAUAUUGGAGGAUGUGACAUUCAAAAGCAGGAAAUUCGUGAGGCUGUGGAGUUGCCGCUGACUCAUCACGAGUUGUACAAGCAAAUCGGUAUAGACCCACCUCGAGGUGUGCUGCUCUAUGGUCCCCCUGGUACUGGGAAAACUAUGCUCGCUAAGGCUGUUGCAAAUCAUACUACAGCAGCUUUCAUUAGAGUUGUUGGGUCUGAGUUUGUGCAGAAGUAUCUGGGAGAGGGGCCACGCAUGGUUCGGGAUGUCUUUCGUCUUGCCAAAGAGAACGCACCUGCAAUUAUUUUCAUCGAUGAAGUGGAUGCUAUUGCCACGGCUAGGUUUGAUGCACAGACAGGAGCUGAUAGGGAAGUUCAGCGUAUUCUGAUGGAGCUCUUGAAUCAGAUGGAUGGGUUUGACCAGACUGUUAAUGUCAAAGUCAUAAUGGCAACUAAUCGUGCUGAUACUCUGGACCCUGCACUCCUUCGUCCUGGAAGGCUAGACAGGAAAAUUGAGUUUCCUUUGCCUGAUAGGAGACAGAAGAGGCUGGUCUUCCAGGUCUGCACCUCUAAAAUGAAUCUUGGUGACGAGGUGGAUUUGGAGGAUUAUGUGUCAAGGCCAGAUAAAAUUAGCGCUGCUGAGAUUGCAGCCAUCUGCCAAGAAGCAGGGAUGCACGCAGUACGUAAGAACAGAUACGUGAUACUUCCCAAGGACUUUGAGAAGGGUUACCGUUCGAAUGUGAAGAAGCCAGACACCGACUUCGAAUUCUACAAGUAG